AUGGUGGAUCCUACACUUGCAGAAAAGGACUAUGAGUUUGCAGCUUGGGAGAGCAGUGCUGGAAACAUCCUGAGCAUCCUUGCAUCGGAAACACACUGGGCAUUGCUAGUGACUAAUUUCUAUGCUGGGGCCUCGGUUCUUUUUGAUGGAAAGUCCAAUGCGGUUAUUCGAGAGAAAGCUAUGCAACACCAUGAGUAUUUCACUCGAAAAGGCUAUGACCUGUCAUUUGUUGAUGCUGACGUGCCAAAACAGCAAGAUGACUGGAGUUGCGGACAUCGUGUGUUGUUGACAGUCAACUGUCUCUUGAAAGAACUGACGAGGAAGGAUGCUCGGAAAGAAGGUUUCCCCAUUGAGAUUCCUCCUGAAUGGGUGUGUGCUCAUGAGAUGGAGAAGCUCUUAGCUUAUUUAACUUCAUGCCAGACGUGGCAGAUGCCACAAGAAGAGCCACUGCCUUUGUCUCCUGUGAAGCAAGAGCCAUCGUUUGUAGCCACCAAGAAGGAACAGCCCGCAGAGGAGGCAAAGCGGCCAGGUGUGAAGAAGGUAGAGAAGCUGAAAGCGCUACCUGUGAAGGCAGAGAGGUCAGCAGCACCUGAUGCACCAUCCCUGGGACAGAAGCCUGACAUUUCUUCUGCUCAAGAGUUGAAGAAACCAAAAGUUCAACUUGUGAAGGCAGAGAGGCCAACUGCUCUCAAUGCGCCAUCCCUUAGUGAAAAGGCUAGCACUUCGGGCAGUUCUUGCGCGAAGGGCCUCGGCCCUGAAGCAAGAGCAUCCGCGCCUGAGCAUGCUGAAGCAAGAGCAUCCACGCCUGAGCGUAACCAGAAGAUUCAAGAGGAUAUUGACAUGGCCAAGCUGCAAGAGGAGCAGCUCACCAAUGGCAUGCGUCCACGAGGACGCCCGAGGAAGGGUACACAGAAGGAAGAACAUAUUCUCAAGACUUGGCUGGCAAACAACAGGAAAGGCAUCUACCAGGAGACCGAAAAUUCAGAGACAAAAUUUGUGUACUUUUGCGUUCCUUGCCACAAAGAUGUUCAAUUCUACCGGGAUGCCAUCACCUACCUGCGCCUGCAUGAGCGUGAUUGUUGUGGCCAUCAUAAAGGCUUGAAGAAAAUGGGCCUGAAUGUUAUCGGAGAGGUGGUGGAAGUGACACAUGCUUGCACCGGAGUUUUGAUUCAAGAAUCAACAUGCGAUCUUGGAAAAUUGUUGGGGAGCCUGCGAAUGUGGAUGUCAGUCGGUCAACCAUCAUUAGCGCCUGCCUAUGGUAGCGCGAAGGUUUUGCUGGAGGAAGGCUGCUGGCGGUCAGCGGGCGAUGACUUCUUUGUGAGGCACAAAGACUGCAGUGGACACAAAUGUGUUAGCCAUUGCGAUUUGUGCGAGCAGUUUGCAACACGCCCCAAGAUUUCUGCAGAGAUUGCACAGUGGGGAUAUCGCAUUGACUUAGUCACCCUUGCGCACCACAUCGCCUAUGGAACAGUGCAAGAUAGGAGAGGGCAAGAAGAUUUGAUGCGGUCAAGAGACUAUAUGACUUCUGGUAUGGCAGGUGCCGAUUUCGAGAGCCUCAUGAAGCGCAGCGACCGCAACAUCAUUUGGCAUGUGCGCAGGUUGCUGGAAUCGAUUGCAGUUGCCCGGCGAAACACGGCCUAUCAGGAUUUCAUUCAGUUUCGAGUGCAUGGGCUUGCCGACUUCCAAGCCCCUGAGAAUGUUCAGAAAGAUGUCCUGGCCGGCUUGAUCAAGAAGUACCAGGCAGCAUUGGAAGAGGGCACUUGCUUGCAGGAUGUCACGCCCUCAGAUUUUCGGCUGGCCAGUAUGGUUGCCAGUGGAGAGCUCCGCCGUUCUGGGGGAGCCUUGCUGGACGCACUAUUCAAGUCUGCCAUGUUGCGCGUAAACCGAAAGUGUGAGCUGCGGCCUAACUCCUCCAAGUAUUUUGACAAUGAGUUGUCCUGCGAACUGCUGUUCACACUUGGUCGUGGAAAAUGCUUGCGAGAGAUGCUGAGGCUAUUUGGUGUGAGCGAGGCUGUCAUCCCCAAGGAGUGGCAGCCAGAAGGAUGCGUGACAAACUGGAAAGUGCGAAUGGCCAACCGCAUUGCGGAGAACACAGCUACGCUCCUUCGGUUGGCUUUGACUUUUCGGCCAUACACGUAUGUCACCAUAGAGAACCCGAAGAGCACAAUGCUUUUCAAGCUUCCGGCUGUGGCCUCUCUUCUGAACGAGUUCGCAUUCGUGGGCAUACUCACGUAUCUUGGAUUCUUUGGAAUGGACCUGCUCAAGCCGACCUGGCUGCGAACCACGAUGGGGCUGGCUAUGGGCGUAGCUCGCAAGGCAACAAAGAAGCAGAAAGCGAAAUUUGACGAACGUAUCGCACGGAAACGUGCCAAACUUUUGAAGCAAGGUAAGAAACUACCAAUCUAUUACCGCACACACAGCGGAGCCUCGGGGAAGAAGCAAUUUUCCGGAGGGCCGAAUCUCCCAGAUACAAGCACGUAUCCUCAGGCCUUUUGCACUGCUUUUUACAAAUUGUGGAGACAGGCCUUUUCUAUGGCAAGCUUGCGCAACGCUGAGCAAAGCAGCGUUGGCGCUUGA